CUCUCUCUGUCUCUCUCUCUCUCUGUCUCCGUCUCUCUCUGUCUCUCUCUCUCUCUGUCUCUCUCUCUCUCUCUCUCUCUCACUCUCACUGUGGUUGACUCCUGAGCUGGUGGGAUGUAGAGGACUCUGAAGUGUUUCUGAAGAACAGAUCGGAGGACGUCAUGAGUGGCGUCAGAGUUUGGGAGGCGGAGGCGGACGCAGAGGAGGAGGAGGACUUGUCUCAAGAGGAGGUGCCGUCUGCUGCCCAGUGGUCGGAGGAGCGAUGUGAGGAGCUGUGGGAGCGAGUGGAGGGCGUACGACACAAACUCACUCGCAUCCUUCACCCGGCUAAACUCACGCCGUAUCUACGACAGUGUAAGGUGAUGGAUGAGCAGGAUGAAGAUGAGGUGCUCAACUCCACACAGUACCCGCUGCGCAUCAGCAAGGCCGGUCGUCUGCUGGACAUCCUGCGUGGUCAGGGUCAGAGGGGUCUUCAGGCCUUCAUGGAGUCUCUGGAGUUUUAUCACCCGGAGCAGUACACCCAGCUGACCGGAGAGCAGCCCACUCAGAGAUGCUCCCUGAUUCUGGACGAAGAGGGUCCCGAGGGUCUGACCCAGUUUCUCCUCCUGGAGGUUCGUAAACUGAGAGAGCAGCUUCGGAGCAGCCGCCUGUGUGAGCGCCGUUUGUCUCAGCGCUGCAGGAUGGCAGAGGAGGAUCGCAGCCGGGCCGAACGCAAAGCUCAGGAGCUCCGUCACGACCGGCUGCAGCUGGAGAGGGUGCGUCAGGACUGGGAGUCAGCGAGUCGGGAGCUGGGCCGCCUGAAGGACCGACACCUGGAGCAGGCGGUGAAAUACUCCAGAGCUCUGGAGGAACAAGGGAAGUCCUCGAGCCGGGAGAGAGAGCUGCUGACUCAGCUGGAGGAGCUCCGGUCGAGGCUGACAGAGACAGAAACACUCGACGCUCCAGGAAACACCUCGUCAGCAAAAAGACAUGCUGUGACCUCCAACGGGGUCAAAGACUCGCCUCCAGCUUUACCAGACAAACCGUUACACCGGACUGUGGCGCAGAAAGCCGACAGUGAUGGACCUCACACGAGGGACUCGGCUCUGAUGGACAUCCUGCAGCAGGACCGCAGGGAGUCUGCGGAGCAGAGGCACGAACUCUGUGAUAUCAUCACCCGACUCCAGGGGGAGCUAGAGAGCACGGAGGAGCAAAGACUGAAGCUGGAGUCGCAGUGCAAGCAGCUGCAGCUGAAGGUGAGGACUCUGCAGCUGGACUGGGAGACGGAGCAGAAGAGGAGCUUGUCCUACUUCAACCAGAUCAUGGAGCUGGAGAAGGAGCGAGACCAGGCUCUGCGUAGUCGGGACAGCCUGCAGCUGGAGUACACCGACUGUCUGCUGGAUAAGAACCGUCUGCGUAAACGUAUCGCCGAGCUGCAGGCGAGCGUGGAGCAGCAGCACCGAGAGCUGGAGAAGGAGAGAGAGAGGAGCCGAGAGCAGAUGGAGCAGAGCUUGUCGUCUCUACACUGUUCCCACCUGUCCCUGUGCAGCGAGGACCAGUGCUACGGCCCCUGCUGCUCCCUCGGCCCCCACCUGAGACCCCAGACCAGCAGCUCCCACCCCCUGCUGAGGAAGGCGCCCUCUAGUGGCCAAGCCAAUGAAAACUCAGAGGAUUCUCGCUCUAACUCCGAUGAGAAUCUCCUCGUCUCAACUGAAGACAAUGAGAAGGAGAUAAACCGUCUCUCCACGUUCCCUUUCCCUCCCUGUAAGAACUCCAUCAACCGACGCUUCAACACAGAGUUUGAUUUGGAGUCGUGGGGCAGCGAUGAGAACGAUAACAUCACAGGUGAGCAGAGUGAAUCGUCUCUGUGGGACUCCUGUGCCUCUCUGCACUCUCACCUGUUCCCCCCCGACCUGGUCCACCUGCCUGAAGUCUCUACACAGGAGCCGAGUGUUCCCAGGGUGCCCCCCCACUCCCCGUCCUGCAGCCCCCCCGUCUCUCCCCCCCCCCGAGCCAGCCUGGCAGACGACAUCACCGUGAUCGGAGGAAACCAGACGGGGAUCUUUGUCAGCCACGUGACAGCCGGGUCACCCGCUGAGCGAUGUGGACUGAAGGAGGGCAGCGAGCUGCUGGAGCUGGAGGGCGUUCUGUUGGGGGGGGGCGGCGUGCUGCUGAAGCAGUGCACGGCGGAGGUCGCUCACUUCUCUCUGCAGUGGUGGAGCGAGCCGGCGAGCCUCAAACACACGAGUAACCUUGAGGCGUACUCCAGGCUGUGCGCCCUGCGCUCCUCGCCCUCCUUCGUGGGUGCCGACUCUUUCUACGUGCGUGUGAAUCUGAACAUGGAGCCUCACAGCGAGUCUCCGUCUCUGAGCGUGUCCUGUGAUGACAUCAUGCACGUCACUGACACAUGCUACAACGGGAAGUACCAGUGGCGCUGUUCUCUGGUGGACCCUCGCACCGCCACGCCGCUGCAGACUGGAACCAUGCCCAACUACAACAGGGCGCAGCAGCUCUUACUGGUCCGGCUGAGGAAAAUGGCUCUGGGGCAAAAAGACCUGAAGAAGAAGUUAUUAAAGAAAUCUGCAGGACGCGUUCGAUUGGUCAAAGCCGUUGACCCCAGCUAUCGUGGGAUUGGUUCGACUCAGCCGGUCCUGUUCACACUCAGCAAACGUAAAUGUCAAGAUGAGCACCUGAUCCCGUACAGCGUGGUUCAGCCUGUUCAGGUUCAGUGGAAACGCCCGGUCAUCUUCUCCCCCUCCCUCCUCUCCCGGGGUCUCAUCGAGAGACUGCUGCAGCCUGCAGAGUCCAGCCUGAACUUCACCACCUGUCCACCAGAGCCGGUCCAGUCUUCAGAGAGAAAUGGAGGCGGGGUUUUCUUCUUGGAUUGUGAUCACACUCUGGGUAUAAAGCUGCAGGCGGUGCAGGACGUCCUGAGCGAGGAUAAACACUGUCUCCUGGAGCUGGGCCUGAACAGCGUGGAGGCGUUAUUGAGACAGGGCAUUUACCCCAUCGUCAUCCACAUCCGCCCCAAAAACAAGAAGCACAAGAAGCUGAGGAAGUUCUUCCCGCGGUGUGGCGAGGACGGCAUCAUGGAGGAGGUGUGUCAGGCCGAGGAGCUGCAGCUGGAGACGCUGCCUCUGCUUUACUUCACCCUGGAGCCCAACACCUGGAGCUGCACCGAGGAGCUGCUGGCCGCCAUACGCAACGCCAUCCACAGCCAGCAGAGGGCGGUAGCAUGGGUGGAGCUGGAUAGGCUUCAGUAGGACAAAUAGGAAGUUCAGAUUCACCGGACAAUGAGAGCUGCUUGAAUAAAGAAUCUAACAUGUUUCUACAGAGGAUAAAAACAAACUGUGUUACCAUAGCAACAAAAAACUGUAUUAUAUUGGGUCAUUUCUUCUUUUUAUCAGUUAUAAGGCAAACUCCUGCACACGGAUGGAUGGAUUCAUUUCUGUGUUUUACGCGCCUCUCCCCUAAGUGUACAUACAUCCACUUUUUUGUACUCCGAUGUUUUUCUACAGAUCUCGACCUUUUAUUGUCGUUAACGCGGCUGGAUUUCCCCUUGAUAACGAGUUGAUCAUCCUCAAGAUUAUAACAGACACCUGUGUGGUUUCAUGGAUCUGUUGUCGUCAGGUUAGGUUGAGCUGCAUUUUUAUUCACACUACAGUCGACAGCAGACGAGAUCGUUCACUGUCUGGUUUUAACUGAUGAUCUGUUAUUCUGUCAUAAGUUAAAAAAAUAAACUCAUCCAAAAACA